ACUCCACGUGAGAAGUACGCUCGUUGUUCGUGAAGUUGACGCCAGGUGUCCGGAGCAGAGGUUCACCGUUCGUGACUGUUGCUUUUAUUUUGUUUACAAUCUAUUCCCAGUCCACAGUCGUUACUACGCGAUAACAGUGCUCCAGUGUUAUUGUUCCUACGCAGUACCUUUCUCGUUACAUUUUUAGUUUUAUUUCCCCAAUUAUCUCGAAUAAUUUAUUUUAAUAUUCCCCAAAUAAUUAAUCCUAAAUUUAUUAUCGCUCCGAAAUCCGCGUCACUGCUGCGACACUUUGUUGUCAUUUAAUUAUGAGCAUCUCGCUCCAUUUACUUGAGCUCUAUGUCAGUUACUGGCUCUGUACCUUUAUUCACUCUUUUUCGGGUCGUGUCGGGCUCUGCUAAGAAAGUGAUGCAAUUGUGAGAGGUUAGAUUAUCGAUUACUAGUACGUAUAUACCUUUAAACGUUUUUGCGCAGUUUGCGUUUUUUAGUUUUUUUUUUAUUUUUUUUUAACGUGUUUUCUUUUUUUUAUCUUUGGAGUUUUCAAGUGCUCUUAAGUGUUUUUUAGUGAAUUUUUUAGUUUAGUUUAAGUGUCAGUGGAUUUAUCUUGAAUUAUCCUCGUUAUAAUAUUUAAUUCGAAAUUGGAAGUGACUUAGAAAGUGAAUUGUCCAAUAGUCGAUCGAUCUUUUCAAACACGACUGAAGAUAUAAACCAACAAAUUGUUACUCCUUAAAUAAUAUUUAAUUAUUAAUAGUUAAUGAUUAAUAAUGUCGCGUACUGGCAAUAUUAAUUUUUGAACGUGAAGUGCUUCUUGAAGGAGCGAGUGCCAACAUGGAUUAUAAAGUUAUGUCGAAUAACAACAAUAAUUAUCCUACACACCAUCAUUGGAUACCUAAGAUGUGCGAAUGUCUACAGAAUGUAUCGGUGACGUUUCCCAUGACUACUUCAGACCUUUCCUUCAGGAAUUGGAGCUAUUCCUCGCUGGCAAGAAAUGUAUCUAAGACCAGGUUUCGUGACUUCAGAAGGAAAAGCGGCUAUGAAACAAUUCCCGAUGAUGAUAGACAGAUUGAAAUGACCUUUCACAACGUUGACGAGUCGUAUUCGAUUGUCGAGGUUGAGAGAAAUUUGCGAGUUGACAAUCUUUGCGAACUGCUGAGGAUCAAGAAUCAAUUCAAGCCUAGUGACUGGAGAAUCGUCGAAACUUGGCCAAAACUUGAUGUCACUAUCGAGAGAGUCCUGGAGAAUCACGAAGACAUUUAUGUAGUCCACAGAGAAGGGGAAAGAUUCGAAGGCAGCGAGGACCGAAGAUUUGUCUUCAAACUGGUAUCCGAUGACAUUGAGGACUACGUCAACAAUCCUAGGACUAGUUUUCCGGAGGAUAUGGUCUUGAAGAUAAAGGAUGAAGAAGAGCUCAAUAGAGGGGAACACCUCGCGGAUCGUGAUGAACGUCUUGCUCAAACACUUCCCAAAUUGUGCGACACCGUGUGGGUAGCUGAUAAGGAUAACAUAAAUGUCUGGAAAGCAGUCCUGAUGGUACUGACGGAUCGAAAGCUGUACCUCAUCGAAAGGAUGGAUUUUCCGGACGCCGAGGCGCUUUUGAGCGCAGACAACCAUAGAAUCCUCUUCGCCCACUUGUCGGAUUACCAAAUAUACAAGAUUCCGAACACAAAGAAGCUUUUUAACGCGCCCUUUCAGUGGGGCGCCUGUCUGCGGCCAUCCAGCAACGCUGACGCCGAAGACACCGAACCCGGAGUCUCCGGACUCAAAGUCAUUGGUUUCAACACGGAAAAGUCUCACACCUGCUGGCACCAAGCCAUGAGACUUGCCAAGUAUGGAAAACAGCUGAAGGACAAUUACCGAGCGUUCAAGAAUAAAAAUGAUCCAGCGAGUUCCGGUCGAACUUACAACAACGGCCAAAUCGAGCCGCCGAUUCUUGUGGCGAUGGACUUCUCGGGGAAGUACGGAAAAAUAGUGGAAGACCCGAAGGAAGCCAAGGCGAUCACUGAGGGAAAAGGAAUGCUACCACAACCACAAUUACGUCCACCUGCCUCCAGGUUACAAGUUCACAAUUAUCCGAGAGUCGAUCCUUCUAGGUAUUUUAAUGAAGAUUGGUAUCACAUGACUAUUGGGAGGGAAAGUGCGGCUCGUCUUGUUAAGUUAGCUCGUAAAAAUGGCACAUUCCUCGUGAGAGAAAGUACAAGUAAUAAUGGAUACCAGUUUGUUUUAACCUAUGUGCACGAGGAUAAGCCAGUACACACUCCAAUUAUAACACGCGAGACGUCAAGCCAGCCGAUUUUCACGCUAGACAACGGAACGACAAAGUUUUUAGACCUUGUUCAGCUGGUUAAUUUCUACCAACUGAACCAAGGCUCACUGCCAACAAGACUGACUUACUUUGUCUCGAAAAACGCAACAAAGUUAUCACCAACCAAGAACAACAGUGUGUCGACAGGAACAACGUCGCCGUUGUCCAAGAAUCGAAAUAGUCCACAAAAAAUAUCCGAAGAUCAAUCAGCCAUUUUGUCGCGACUGCCGCGAAGUUGAAUUUAAAAAUGCCAGCAGCUAAUUGCUGGCGUUAUUACUAUUAUUAUUAUUAUUAUUAUUAAAUACAAAUCUGUCCUCAUUAUUGUCAACGAAAUACCAAUUACCAAUGAUACUGGAAUAUUGUUGUGGUAUUACUGAUUACUACGGCCGAUUAAAAUAUCGACGGACUGCUGGAAUAAAUUUUUAUAUUUAUUAAACAAAAUAAGGAACACCUAGUACUUUUAAUCGUUUAACGUUAAAGGUUUUUUUCACAGUAAUUAUUAUUAUUAUUUCUAUUAUUAUUAUUAUUAUUAUUAUUAAUAUUUAAUACAAUUUCAUACGAAAGAACUGAUCUCUUCAUCACCAGUACACUAGACCUCAACAGAUAACCUGUUUACAUAAAAUACUUUGAUAAUUAUUGUCAUUAAAAUCUAAUUUAGAGGUUUUAAAUAUUAUUUAACAAAUAAAAUAUUUAUG